AUGAGCCAUACCACCACAGCCGACCCGCUCGUCCGCUUCCCCUCCGAGACGGUGCUCGAAGUCCUCGCACACCUAGACACCACCUCGAUCGUCGCGCUCGAGGGCGUAUCGCGCCCGUGGAACGACUUCGUCUCCGCCCAAGCCGCCAUCGUCUACCCGCGUUCCUGCACACAGCGCCACUCGGCCUACCUCGACGCACGCGACAUCGCCGCCCCGCCCGCCUCGUUGCAACACGUCCUCGCCGACAAGCGCUCCUACACCCGGCACUGGCCGGAUCCUACCAAGCAACCCAAGGCGUACGCCCGCCACCAUCACCUCGUCCAACGCAACUUCCGCCCGCCAAAGGGCCAACUGCCAGACAUGCGCGAGAGGCUCAUCCGCCACCGCGUCUGGCGCUUCCGCCCCGACUACAAGGCCAGGUUCAUCAUCUGCACGUCGCCGCUCGAGCGCAUCUUCUCAGUGUGCAUGGACACCCACGAGCUCCUCUGGGAGGUUACAAAGUCGGACGACGGCAGGUCCGUACGCUCCUACGCGCAUCUCGAGUACAGCGACGGCCUGGCCGCCUUUGACCGCCUCGGCGAUGGCGUAGAGGUGUGGAGGCACCUCGGUCACGACGGGUGUACCUCCAGCCAAGACCUCCUCAACCAUCCCAAGCGCGGUCAGUUCGCUCUCGUCUCGGUCCUUCCGCAUCGACGCAGGGUCAGGGGGUUCAUGAUGCACGAGAGGUCCUUGUGCGUCAUCUCUGACCAGGGCGAGGGCUACGUGUACGCGCUGUAUCCGGACCGCGUCGAAGAGACGGUCAAGGUUUCGCUGCCCGUGGGCGCCAUCGGCCACCUCGAGCACUGCUCCGACGUCGUCAUGUACUCGCUCGGCAAGGCGGGCUACCACUUCCACUCCAAGGUCGACGGUGCCCACCUCGGUACCAUCGAUGCCAAGGAUCCCAGGCUGGGCCUGUCCAAGUCGCGCAACUACUUCCACAUCAAGCACCUGCCCCGGGUGCCGCGGUCCAUCACCUCGGACCACGUGUUCCCAAAGUCGACCGAGGACGACAAGCGCAUCCUCGCCGUCGAGAUCGAGGACGGGCCGUUGCUCGAGCGCGACAAGGAAGAGCACGAAGGCCAUGACUGGUCCCUCUCGGCCGACGAGUGGGGCGCCGGCAUGCUCUACGGCGACUGGAUGGUGGGCAUCUCGCUCUGGGGCCGCAUCUUCAUCUGCUCGGACUGGAGGGGCGUCCUCGACGACCCGGCGCGCGCCGCCGACACCGUGUCGAUCAUCGAGUGCGACACCGGCGGCUACCCGCAGCUGUUCCAGCUCGGCGGCUGGCUCUCGGUCGGCUGUGGCAAGCUCAUCUGCGAAGUGAACGGGCAAACCCUCCUCCUCACGCUGCCAUCUCGACCCGGAGGCCUGAUCAAGACGGGAGCCGAGCAGGAACCAGCCUUUGCCAUCGCCAGCUUCUACACGCUCGAGGGCACUGGCCCGAUGUCGAUGAUGUCGAUCCAGGAGGACCACCUGAUGACGACGUACGCGUGCAACUCGAUGCUAGAGUGGGAUGGAGCGAUGGGAAACAACAUGGAGGCAAAGGGGAUCCGCAUCGUCGAUUUCAGCCUGCCCGCCGAACAGUCGUCCAAGCCUCCAGGAUCACCCGAGGAUCGGUGGAUCGACCCGCGCGAUAUCGAACAUUUCGGUCCCAACGUCAACAACCGCUGGGAUAGGGCUUCCUGCGGCCUCCCCUCCCACGCCCCCAGGCGGCUGCUCAACUUUGAGGUCCUCUCGGACGAAGAGGAUGAGGAUGAGUAUGAGUACGAGUACGGGUAUGAUACUGAAGAGGACGAUGAGGAAGGCGACGUCGAAGAGACAGAGAGCGCGAAUGGCGGUGAUGCGCCGUCUUCGCAGCCCGAGUGA